AAUAAUGGAGAGAGGAAUUCCUUAUCAUCUGUUGAUUUGAAUAAUGUAUAUUCAAGAAAUUUGUCUGAAACACAAGAAAACUGUAAUCCAUCCUUAAGAAGUACUACUUUGGAAGCUAAUGGAAACCACGAUCAUGACCCUUUUGGUGUUUAUGGAGAUCAGUCAUUUGCUGAGACUGUUUUGAAUGGACAAGAUAUUAUUAGUUAUUUAGAACAACAAAAUAUUAAAAUUCAUGACGAUAAUAUUCAUGAUGGUGUAUCAGAUAUGAUUUUUAAUCCAAGUGAUAUACAAAAUUAUUAUGAUGUAUUGAAUGUAAAUGAACACUCUGAUAUAAAUGAACUUAAAAAAAAUUUUUUCAACUUAUCUUUACAACAUUAUCCAAAUAUAACUAGUGAUAACAACUUUGAGUUAAAUGAUGUAUUUAAUCAGUUGAGUGAAGCCUAUCAAGUAUUAAGUUAUCAAAUAAGAAAAAAUAUUUAUGAUAAUAAAGGAGUACAUGGAACAGAAAAAAUGGCUAUAGUAAAUCCACUAGUAUAUUUUAAUGGAAUAUUUACACCUGAAAUAAUGCAUCAAUAUAUCGGAACUACACAAGUAGCACAUUUUGUUCAAGUAUUUUUAAAAAGAAACAUUGCACCUGAAAAUGCAAUAACUUUUCUUGAAGAGGCUGUUGAUGAUAUGAUGAAAGGACAAGCUGAUAGAGAAUUACAAUUAACUGAAUUGUUAAAACAAAGAUUAGAUUUACAUAUGAAUGAUGAUGAAAAAUGGUUAAAUACAAUUAAUGGUGAAAUUAAUGAUUUAACAAAAUCAGCAUUCUCUAAUUUCAUUUUAGAAGCUGUAGGUUGGACCUAUGAAAAUGUAGGUAAUAUAUAUAUAGAUGAAACAGAUAAUGUUGGUUUAGCAUAUCAUGGUAUAUAUGUACAUCAAGCUGAUGAAAGAAUCAAUAGAAAUUAUGAUAUUUUAUCUGAAAAUGUAAAUGAUCAUGUUACUUUAAUAAAAAAAUUUUUUCCUUUUACCGAAAAUGUUAAUCCAUUUUUAAGAAGAGCAAAACAUAACUUUGGUAAUUUACAAGGGGAAGUAAAUAACUUAUACAAUAGUGUUAAUGUAGUAUAUGAUAAUUUAUAUAAUGAAAAUGUUAAUAUAACUCCAAACGAACACUAUCAGUUAUUACAAGAAUUAUUAAAAAUUAUAUUAAAUAUAAACUUGUGUGAUAUUGAGGAAACUAUUAGAGAAUGCGCAUAUAAUGUACUAAAGGAUAAAUCAGUAGAUGCAAAUGUUCAUAAAAUUAGAGCUCGCCGAUUGAUAUUAUUAGGAAACACAAUGCGCCAAAAAGCUUAUCAAUAA